AUGCUAUGCGGGUUGAACGCUCAGCAAAAGAAGGCGGUGACUGCUCCUGCUAGUGGGAGGUUGCAAAUUAUCGCUGGUCCUGGUACUGGAAAGACAACUGUGCUUAUAUCUAGAGUUGCAUAUCUUUUGCUUUACGAAGGAAUAUCUGCAAAAAAGAUAGUGGUGACCACAUUUACUAAAAAAGCGGCUAAUGAAAUGAUAGAAAGGCUAUCUGAACUUCUUCGAGGAACUGGGAUAAACGCGUCUGAUCUCAUCAUUGGGACAUUUCAUAGUAUAUGCUUUAGGAUUAUCAAAACAUACGGGCUGAAGAUCCAAAAGGAAGACUACUCGAUUGCAGACGAAAGGGAUAGCAACUCAAUUCUUCUGGAAGUGCUUCAAAACCUCAAUAGUAGAGACUUAGAAAUGUUUUCGAGACUUCCCGAUAAAGAUGUUGAUAUCUUCAAAUCAAGUAGAGAAGAGAAAAAGCAUCACGGUUACGAUGUGAAGAAAAUCAAAAAGCAUAUAUCCAAAUUGAAGGCCCAUGGGAUAAUCUCCAAAUCUUAUAGUGGCAGUCCAGACUGUAAUUUAUUUCUUUCAUGCAUUUACACAGAAUAUGAGGUUCGAAUGAACCAAAAUCGUUUGUUAGACUUCGACGAUUGCUUAUUAUGCUGUCAUUCUAUAAUCUCCAAGUUUCCUGUCCUUAAUUUUGUUGAACAUGUGUUGGUCGAUGAAUUUCAGGAUACUAACGAGAUCCAACUCCAAUUAAUGUAUGAAUUUGCUCGUGGUCACCCUACUAUAAAAAACUGUCAAAAUAAUGUAACUAUAGUUGGAGAUCCAGAUCAAAGUAUUUAUGGGUUUCGAGAUGCUCAAGCUGUUAACUUUGAAAAAAUGAAAUCUACUUAUAAAGACUGCAAGACCAUCUCGUUGAUAGAGAAUUAUCGAUCAACUUCUGAAAUUUUGAAUUUAUCAGAAUCGAUUAUGAGACAACAAAAUAAAAGAGUCGUUAAGAAUUUACAAUCACAGAUGAAAGCCCAUUUCCCAAUCAUUCAUUCUAAUAUGAGCUCUCCAGAGAAUCAAGCUAAGUGGAUAAGUUGUCAAAUCAAGUAUUUCAUGGCUUUACCAAAUUCAAUUUUCAAAUACAAUGAUAUUUCUGUUUUGGUAAGAGCAGCCUACCAAACUAGAGUAAUUGAAAAUGAGUUUGUUAAAAAUGGUAUUCCGUAUAUGAUGCUUAAAGGUAAGGCGUUCUGGGAGCGUAAAGAAGUAGCUGCGAUUCUUGAUUAUUUAAGAGUCGUUGCAAGUCCUAAUGAUAGAAUGGCAUACUUAAGAACACUUGUAUUCCCCAAAAAGAGUCUAGGGGAGAAGUCGAUUGAAAUCAUCAAUGAAAAACUCGAAAAGCUAAUUACAAAUGACCUCCUCACUCAGCAUCAGCUUCCAAAUGCACCCAGGCCAACGAUUCAUUUAUUUUUGAAAACGGUAGCCUCUACUCUAAGCUCUAAGCUCCAGCUGGUUGUUAAUAAGCAUUUGGACUUCAUAGAAAAUUGCAGAUCUAUGUUGGAAUCGCUCAAUAAAACUUCCAAUAAUAAUGAUGCCGCAACGAAAAGGCUGGUUGGCGACUUAUUUGAUAAAAUCUACGAAAAGUCGGGUCUUAAAGCUGAGUUCGGGAUGGAAGAGGACCGAGAGUUGAACAUUAUGGAGGUGAAAAGGCAAUUUCUUGAUUUUGAACCUCCCUCAAAAGAAAAUGAAUUGUCCACAUAUAUUGGUGGUAAUGAAGAAGAGAAGACUAAGAACGAUGAAAAUAUCUUAUCACAAUUCAUUGAAGCAAUAGGAUUAUUCGAAAGCGAUAAUCAAACCGGAUUGCAAAAUGAGGAGAGUGCUGAAACUGAUAAAGGAAAAGUUAUCUUAUCUACAAUUCAUGGGGCCAAAGGUUUAGAAUGGCCGAUUGUGUUUGUUCCUGGUUUAUCAGAAGGUAUCUUGCCUGCCAGUUUUGCCAUGGGACCAGAAGACGAAGACUCAAUAAAUGAGGAAAGAAGAUGUUUCUAUGUAGCCACUUCGAGAGCUAAAAGUUUACUACUUCUUUCUUCAUAUUGUGAAGAAUUCGGUAAAUGGGGCCGGAAACCAGUGUCAGAAGUUUCACGGUUUAUCAAGGACUUCACU